AUGAGAGGAAUUAAGGAGAAUAAUGCCAAUUUAAUGGCAGAUAUGAAGGAAGCAAUGGCGGAAAGUAUGAGUGAAUUUAUGGCAUGUAUGGAAGCAAUGAUCCGGAAGCUUUUGAAUUCUGAUGAAGAUGAUAAUUUCCUAAGGAAACAAGGGAAGAACCUUGGUGAUUAUCGGCCUGACAUUGUUUUAGAGGUUCUCAAAGAACUCUUCGAUAGUCCGCUUAACGAUAACAAUAGGGUAAGAGCUAUUUAUGUGAAAACUGACGAUGGACUUCUCUUUCAAGUCGAACCACUCGUUCGUAUUCCUAGAACACACGAACGCUUCUAUGGCAUCAUGCUGGAGCUAUUGGAAAGAAAACGUGUGCGAGUUCCAGAGACAAAUGAAGUGCUUAUUCAACAACUUGAUGGGCCUUUGACACAGUAUUUACCUUCCAACUCUCUUAUAGUUGUUUCUGAUUAUCCAUUGAGUGCGGCAUACAGUACAGCAUUGGUCCACAUAGCAGUAGCAAACAAGUGGGAGCUCCACUAG